AUGAGUCAAUUGGGAAGUAUUGUUGCGCAAGCCAAAAGCUUUCUUGAGGAAAAUAAUAGUAAGGAGGCCCUGAAGGCGCUAAAGCCCUUGAAGAAAUCCUUAAAAAGUUCAAAUUCGUCUAAUGUUGAGUUACAUCAGAUUUUUGCUGAUGCCUAUUUGGACGACGGUCAGCUUGAAAAAGCAUAUCCGCUGUUGGUAAGGGCAUGUGAGCUUGAUCCGAAUGGUACGAUCGGAGGAAGCGACAAAUAUUUUACGCUGGGACAAGUUGCUGGCGGCGAAGAUGGAAUCAGGCUGCUAAUGCAAGGUAUUGAGAGCGUUUCCCAACAAGCAGGCGAUGUCUUGAGACAGGACCAAGCUGACAAAAUAGUCAAUGGCCUGUUGUCCAUGAUCGAGAUUUGGAUGACUGAUCUCUGCAUGGAACCCAACGCUGAGAGCCAGUGCGAAGAGUUGAUUGCAAAAGCCAUGGAAGUUUCUGACAGCAAGUCUCCGGAGGCUUGGGUGACACUAGGAUCUAUCAGAAUAUCACAGCAGCGUUUUGACGACGCUGUCGAAGCUUUCACACAAUCUUGGCGUUUUUUCCAGGAGAAGAAAACAAAAAUCGAGGAGGCUAUCGAAAGUGGAAAUGCAACUCAUUCAGAAUUUGUGGAUCUGUUGCAGCCUCUACUAAACCUCACGAAAAUGUGCAUCGAGAUGGGUUUGUAUGAAAUUUCACUGGAGAUUUUGGCUGCUAUAAAAGAUGUUGAUGAAGACAACUUAGAAGGUUUGUACUUGGAAGGCUUUACACACUACCUCAUUUGCAAGCUCGAGCUUUUCAAACAUAAGAAUCCUAGUAUUGAAUUGAAUUCCGAAAAUGUUUACGAAUUUAACCAGCACUUCCCAGAGCUGCCACUCGAACUAUCCACCGAGUCCAUAGGCGAACACGUGAGAGAGGCGCGUUUAGCUCUAACUUACAUGAUAAAAUUAGCGGAAAAUUCGGACAUACGCGACGAGGUCAUGAUGGAACUUACAGAGGGCGCAAACAGCCUACUCACAGAACUUGGUGGUCCUGUUGAUAUCACUGAAUUGAUAAGAUCGAGAAAGGGCGAGGAGGUCGGCGAUGACGAGGACAUAGAGUUCGAGGAAAUAGAGGAAGCAUGA